AUGAUUUUUUCAAUUAUUGUACUGUUAACAAUUUCAAAUUUAGUUGGUAGUAAUAAAUUGGAUCCAAAUGGUUAUAUUACAUAUUGUCCAUGUAUGGGACGUUUUGGAAAUCAAAUGGAACAGUUUUUGGAGGCCUUAAGUUUUGCUAAACAUGUAGGACGAACUUUAAUCGUUCCACCACUUGUGGAAUAUGGUUCUGGAAGAGAACCUGUAGUUAUGGUUGAUUAUGAUACAUAUUUUCAAAUAAAAUCUUUAGAAGAAUUUCAUCGGGUGAUUACAAUGAGAGAUUUUAUGGAAAAUCUAGCAGAUACUGUAUGGCCAAAGGAAAAAAGAUUUGCUUUCUGUUGGAAUUCUAGAAAAAGUAUUUUUGAUGAAUCUGCACCAGCUGGUUGUCACGCAAAAGAUGGGACUCCUUUUGGUCCUUUUUGGGAUAACUUUAAUAUUGAUUUUGUUAAAGAUGUGUAUUUUGGAGAUAUUAUUGGUGAAAACCAUUUUUCAAGUUACAAUGCAAUUAGAAAAUGGAAAUUAAAAUUUCCAGUUAAAAAUUUUCCAGUUUUAGCAUUUAUAACAGCACCAGGAGAUUUUCCAAUCAAUCCUGGUAAUAAAUAUGUACAAAAAUUUAUACGUUGGUCAUCUAAAAUAGUAACUCAAGCAAAGAAAUUCAUUGAACAAAAUCUUCCUAGACCAUUUGUAGGAAUUCAUUUAAGGAAUAAUGUUGAUUGGAUUAGAGUUUGUGAACAUAUCACCCCAUCUAUGUCUAGACCAUUGUUUUCUUCAGAACAAUGUACAGGUCCAUAUAAUGCAUAUGGAGAACUUACAAGUGAUGUAUGUUUUCCAUCUAAAGAAACUAUUUUAAAAGAUAUAGAAAAAGUUGUAAAAGAGAAUAAUAUUAAAUCAUUAUUUGUAAGUAGUGAUAAAGAUCAUAUGAUUGAAGAAAUAAAUAAUCACUUAAAAGUAUUUAAUGUUAAGGCAUAUAAACUAGAAGAUAACAACCCUCAUGUUUCAUUAGCAAUACUACAAGCAUCAAAUCACUUUAUUGGAAACUGUGUAUCCACCUUCACUGCUUUUGUUACAAGAGCUAGAGAAUUUUCACAGGCUAAAGCAAGUAGACCAACAACAUUUUUUGGAUUCAAACCACGGACAAAAAAAAGAAAAAUAGAACUUUAA